AUGUUCAUAUCAGAGAAAAAUUCAGCACCAUUGCCAAAAAAUCAACAACGUGCUGAUGCUAAACCAAAUACGUGGGAAAUGCAAGCUUUAAACAGUCACAAUGCGUUUCGAGCUCAUCACGGUGUCCCACCGCUGGUACUCAAAGAUGAGAUCACUCGUAAAGCCCAGGCUUACGCAGAGUAUAUGGCAGAAAAUAAUCUAUUCGAACACAGUUCAAAUCGUGAUAAUCUCGGUGAAAACUUGUAUACAAUGAGUAGCUCGGAACCAUUGACAAAUGAAUCUCUUGGAACGGAUGCUACUCAAUCUUGGUAUGAUGAAAUCAAAAGCUAUGAUUUCAAUAAUCCAGGUUUUUCGAUGGAAACUGGUCAUUUCACUCAGGUCAUCUGGAAGAAUACGAGCAGUUUUGGUGUAGGAGUGGCUUUUGCCGAUAAUGGUAGACGAGUAGUCGUUGUUGCCCAGUACGGACCAGCCGGUAAUGUCAUGGGGCAGUUCCCAGAAAAUGUUCCACCUCCUCAAUAA